CCGGAGCGGUGGAGCACUGCGGCCGGGAGGAGCCGGGGGCGGCCCCACGCUUCCGGACCGGUAGCGGUCGACCGCGGCAUAGGGGCAGUGCACUGGGAGAGCGAUAUACCCGGUGAGGGAAGGAGGGAGCAGCGAGCACGGCGCGGUGCGAUGCGGCCUACAGAGCAUACAAAGGAUAUUCUUGUGAUAUAUGAACAAGAAGCAGAAGAGUGGGCUCUGUAUUUAAAAUCUCUUUUUGGACACAUAGUGAAUGAAGAAGGAAUCUUACUCUACAAUCUAGAGGCUUUGUCUUUCAAGCAUCUGGAGUUAUUCUCUUUACAUUGUUAUAAAUGUAAACUCCUGAUACUAUCAUAUGGACUCCUGAAAUGCCUGAACCAAAAGAGAUGCUGUUUUCUGGCACAUGUUCUUCAACCUCCAGAUAACGUGGUGAUUCUGCUUUGUGGGGUGGAGAAUUCAGAGAUGCUUUAUGAGGUACUAACCUUAAGUGGAAGGAGCAGAGAGAUCUUUGCUGAUCAGGAACCUGAGGAUUACCUCUCCAUUGUUACUGGAAUUAUUCAAACAGAUUGCCAGGCUACCUCUGAUGUUAGCUUAUCAGAUGCCAGAGGAGCAUCAGAAAAAGCAGAUCUUGGUUUUGAAACAGAAGUACUUACUGAGACAUUAGAAACUAACCAGAACUCAGUAUUGGUGCUUCCAGCAAGAAUAUCGUGUGAGAGCCCUGGUGAAAUAUUCAUUUUGUUGAAAGAUGAAAUAGAUGAUGAAACUUUAGAAAUUGAAUUCAUAGCAGAUAAUCAACGAAUUAGGACACAGCCAGCCUCUUGGAAUAAGAAGGUCAAGUACAUGAAAGCAUUAGAUUUUCCUGCUGGCCCUGUAUAUAUAAAUGUCUACUGUGAGGGUGUCAUUAAGACCACUGCACAGAUUGAAUAUUAUACUGCAGCAGAAGAGAUUGAGAGCAUCUUUCAGAAAGUAGCUGACCCAAUAGCUUUUAUUUGUCAGACUUCUAAGUUUUCAUCUGUGGAGAAGCUAGACAACAUUCUGACUUUGUUACUGGAAAGCAGGAUAGUUAGUUGUGAAUUCAGCGCACGCCAAAGUGAAGAGCAGCACCAUCAACAACCUAGUAGCCAUUUGGAAGAAUUUCCCACUCUCCUUCACUGUGCAGCCAGAUUUGGAUUAAAGAACCUUGCAGCAGUUCUGCUCAAGCAUCCUGAGGCCACGAGGGCUUGUAAAAUAACCAAUGGAGAUGGAGAUGUUCCAGCAAGUAUAGCUGAGAAACAUGGACACAAGAAAAUAAGAGAAUUAAUCAAAGAAUUGUCGAUUAAAACAACAGAUGAUUUCGCUAGCCAUGAGGAGGAAGAGGAAUAUGAGGAUGCUUACAUGCUUAUGGGAGGCAUGGAAGCUCAACCAGACACGAUUGAGCAGAACCCAGGAGAUCAAGAUGGAAUUGGAUCAAAAUGUCAACAAGAAGCUGAGAUGGAUAAGGAAGAGAAAUGCGGUGUAGAAGAUAGCGGAGAGGAAACUGAGGAGGAAGAUUCCUACACCUUUGUCAACAGUCCUGACAAUUUGUAUGCCAGCAUACCUGACUGUGAUUAUGAAGAAAACAGCAGAGAAUGUUUUUUCUACAAGAAACCGCCCCCACCUCCUCCUCGAAAUCUGCCUGGCACCCUGAGACAGGUUGAGCUGCACCAUUUGUCACAAGAGAGGAAUUUUGUGGAGGAGAGAAGUGAAACAGAACAUGGACUGAAGACAGCAUGCUACAGAGAAGACCAAUAUACCAGUGAGGAAGAUGAUGAAGAGGACCACCCAUAUACUUUUGUGAAAUACGAUGAAUAUCUGUAUGAUUUGAUACUGGAUGAGGAAGAUGAGGAGAGAAGGAAAGAACGCAAAUCGUUUAUCAUGAACAGGCCACCCGUUCCUGCCCCUCGUCCCGAGCAUUUAGGAGUCAGAAAUGAGAACACUCCGUAUAUAGUACAAGUGUUUCAGCAAAAAGCCACUCAAAUGCCCAGUGACUAUGACAAGAUGUACUGCGAUGCCAGGAAGCACGGAUGCAGAAAACACACUGACAUGGCAGCUGUGAAACACAACAUCCCUGCUGAACGGGAAGAUCUUAUCCAUGUUCAGAAACAACUGAAAAAGGGGGCAGUUUAUGUGGACGAAGCCCUUGACAGAUGCAAACAGUGGCAGAAUGAAAAACAGAGACUGCAGACCAUUCCACAGCGUCCAAUUAGGACUCCAGCAGAGAAGGAAGAGAUGCCUAAUUAACAGAGUGCAGCUCUUCAGCCAGCUGUGCAUCACUUUCCCCAGUCUGGCACCCCGUGUGGCUGCACCUCAAGAGGCUCUGGUCUGGCACACAGCACAGCAAUGCAACCUCUCUGCACCAUCACCAUUGUGGGAUCUCUCACCUGGGCCAGCUCUGGAAGAAGUCCACUAUCACUUAAAGCAAAUGAGUACAAUUUCUUAUGAGGUCAGCACUGAAUUUCAGUCUUUCUUUGCCAACUUUUUUGUCCAAAUGACAGCUGAAGAUAUAUAUAUAUAAGAUGUAUUGCAUACCUUGAUUGCUUUCAAACUGCUCAAUUUUUCCAUAAUGGUUGACAUUGUUAAGUAGAUUUUAUACAUAAGAGAGGAAGAAAAUGAAAAGUUAAAGAUUAUGAUUAUAUAGAGAUAAUAUGCAAAAUUUAGUUUUUACUUUCUAUUAGAACGUUUUUGUAUAAACUUUAUGGAAACUUUAUUUCCAUAGGAAUAAAAAUUGUACUUUGUGAGUUUUAACACACAUAGACAAAAUUAAACUAAUUUUCUAAAGUAAAACUGUACAAAUUUAAAAUGUAAAUCAGAACUAAUUAUGUACUACUGCAUUAAAGUAAUUAAAAUAAUUGUAUUUAAAGGAAAAUGUUUU